AUCAUCUUCCCUGCUCCAAUUUUACCAGUUUCUUGGAGAGAAUCCUCCAGUAGCCAUUGCCAUGACCAGCAGCUAUAGCUUCAAGCAGAGAACGAGCUGUUCUAGCAGUGGUUGUGGUGGAGGGGGUGGUGGGAGCAGUGGUGGGAGAACCUGUGGUGGUAGUGGUGGUGGAGGAAGGUCCUCUUCAGUCUCCUCUCAAAGAUGUACCUCCUCUGUGAGCAGCAACCAAGGGUUUUCUGGUGGAAGUUAUGGAGGGGGGAUAUGCCACGGUGUAUCGGGAGGAUUUAGUGGUGGUAGUUUUGGUGGUGGAUUUGGAGGAUGUGGUUUCGGUGGGGAAGAUGCUGGACUGCUCUCUGGCAAUGAGAAGUAUACCAUGCAGAACCUCAAUGACCGCUUGGCCUGUUAUAUGGACAAGGUGCGAGGCUUGGAAGCAGAAAACAAGGAGUAUGAGCACUUGAUCAGAGAGUGGUACCAGAAGCAAGGUCAGAGCACUUCACGGAAGGACUACAGCCGUUAUUACAGCGAGAUCGACACGCUCACUGACGAGCUAAUCCAUGAGGCACUGGGGACAAACAAGCUCAUGUUGGACAUUGAUAACACAAAGAUGGCAAUCGACGACUUCAAGAUGAAAUAUGAGACUGAAUGUGGCCUGCGUCAAAGUGUGGAGGCUGAUCUUCAUGGAUUACGUCCACUUUUGGAUAAACUGACGUUGGAUAAGUCUGACCUGGAAAUGCAAUAUGAGUCUUUGCAGGAGGAGCUAAUACAUCUCAAGAAGAACCAUUGUGAGUUACAGCAAAGCGCACAAUCGCAGUCUGGUGGGGACGUCACUGUGGAGGUCAAUUCGAAUGCUGGCCCAGAUUUGAAAAAGCAACUGGAUGAGAUGAGGUGUGAAUAUGAACAGAUCAUUGCAGACAACCGCAGGGAGGUUGAAGAAUGGUAUGAAAGCAAGAUGGAAGAGGUGCGUCAGCAAGUGAGUUCAAGCUGUCAGGAGAUUGACAGCAGCCAGAAGGAAUCUGCAGACCUCAGGCGGGAAUAUCAAAGCCUGGAGAUUGAACUGCAGUCCCACCUGAGCAUGGUCCAGUCUCUGAAAAACAACCUGAAUGACAUGGAAGGUCGCUACGGCAUGCUUUUGCAACAAAUAGCCAGCCAGAUUGAGCCAGUGGAAGCAGAGCUGGCGGGUAUCAAGUGCGAGAUCCAGCAGCAGAACCAGGAGUAUCAGACACUUCUUGGCAUUAAGGGCCGUCUGGAGCAGGAGAUCUGCCAGUACCAUCAGCUGCUCGAGGAAGGGAAGCACGUUGCAUCCUGUAUACCACGAGGAGGAGGAAGUGGUUCUGGAGAAGGUGGAGGUGGAGGUAGUGGUGGCCGUUGCCAGUCCUCCUCCUCAUCCCAAGGCAUGUCUGCAUCCCAUCACAGCCAUUCACCAUCCCAAUGUCAGCCUUCGCCCACCCAGUCUGGAUCCAGUGGCUGCUCGGCUCAUUCACGAAAGCACUAAGUCUCUACGGACACCAUCAUUGACCUCUUCUAGUAAUUCCUGCCAAGCAAAAACUAUGGCUGAUGCAAGAUCUUCCACUACACAGAGAGCAAGAAGAAACACUUUCCCCCCGCAGUUCACAGAUAGGGUCAUUGACAUCUUUUUAAAGGGGUAAAUCCCACAUGUAUACCCCCAACAUUUGUGAAACAGAACCAGGUUAGCUUAUUUAACAUGUUAUAAAGGAGUAUGGAGUAAAGACCAAACAUGAUUUAAAAAAAACACCCCACACCCUCUUUUGAUCAACUUUGAGACAUACAUUUGGAAAGUAUACAGAUGAAUCCCCUUCCUGCCUCUGAUGUUAUCUGCCUUUUCUGUUCUCCAUGAUCCAACUACUCUUUGCUGUAUUUGCAUCUCUAAUAAAGCUUUACAUCUGCCUGAAGCAAUCAGAAACCUGAGUCUUCAAAAAUAUUCUCUUUCACAAACCUUAUUUUAGUUAUUUAUUUUAUUUACAUAAUUUA